AUGGAAAAGAAACCUUGGCAGUGUACCCGAAAAGGGAACUCCUUCCAGGACCAUUCCACCUUCUUUGGCCAUCAGGAAAGUCACACUGGAGACAAACCCUUUACAUGCAAGGUCUGUGGGAAGGCCUUCAGCCAGAGCUCUUCACUUAAAAAGCAUCAGAGGUCUCACACAGGAGAGAAGCCCUUUAAAUGUAGUGAGUGUGGGAAGGCCUUCAGCCAGAGCUCCUUGCUCAUUGACCACCAGAGAAUCCACGCCGGUGAGAAGCCCUAUGAGUGCCACGAGUGCAGGGUGUCCUUCACCAAGAGCACACACCUGACCCAGCACAUGCGCAUCCACACCGAGAAGCCCUACACCCGUGGCGAGUGUGGGAAGGCCUUCCGCCGCAGCACGCACCUGACCCAGCACCGCAGGACCCACACAGGAGAGAGGCCCUACGAGUGCCGGGAGUGCAGGAAGGCCUUUAAAGAUGCCUCCUCCCUCACUCGUCACGUGCUGAUUCACACGGGAGAGAAACCCUGUAAGUGUUCCGACUGCGGGAAAGGCUUCAGCGGCCUCUCGGGGCUCGUUCAACACAAGAGAAUUCACAUGGGAGAGAAACCAUAUGCCUGCCCCGGGUGCGGGAAGGCCUUCAGCCAGAGCUCAUCCCUGAUCAAACACCUGAGGUUUCACACGGGGGAGAAGCCUUUUCAGUGCAGCGAGUGUGAGAAGGCCUUCAGCCAGAGCUCGUCACUCAUCCACCACCAGACAGCUCACACCGGAGAAAAGCCCUCCCGGUGCAAAGAGUGCGGCAAAGCCUUUGGCCAGGGCAUACACCUGACCGACCACCAACGCAUCCACACUGGAGAGAAGCCGUACGAGUGCAACCUCUGUGGGAAAGCCUUCACCCAGAGCUCAUCCCUCAUGAAGCACCUGCGCACGCACACUGGAGAGAAGCCCUAUGGCUGUCCAGAGUGUGGGAAGGCCUUCAGCAAGAGCUCAUCCCUUAAGCAGCAUCUGAGGUCUCACACAGGCGAGAAGCCCUACGAGUGCCACGAGUGCUGGAAGGCCUUUACCAAGAGCACGCACCUGACCCAGCACAUGCGCAUCCACACCGAGGAGAAGCCCCACAAGUGUGGAGAGUGCUGGAAGGCCUUCCGCCACAGCACGCACCUGACCCAGCACCGCAGGACCCACACUGGGGAGAGACCCUAUAAAUGUGAUGAAUGUGGCAAGGCCUUCACGGACACCUCGUCCCUCUCUAGGCAUCUCUUUGUCCACACUGGAGAGAAACCCUACAGAUGUGGUAACUGUGGAAAAGCCUUCAGUGGCCCCUCAGGGCUGGUUCAGCAUCAGAGAACACAUACAGGGGAGAAGUCCUAUGAAUGCACAGAAUGUGGGAAAGCCUUUAGCAGAAGUGCACACUUUAUGGAACAUCGUGGAAUUCACACUGGAGAGAAACCCCACAAAUGUAAAGAAUGUGGGAAGGCCUUCAGCCAAAGCUCACACCUUUCAAAGCAUCUAAGGACGCAUACUGGAGGGAAGCCCUAUAAAUGUAAACAGUGUGAGAAAGGCUUCAGCUGGAAUUCUUCCUUCACACAUCAUCAGAAAACUCAUUCCAAAGAAGAGUCCUAGGGAUGUUGUAAUUCCUUCAGUGAAUCCUCAGACUUGGUUCAGCAGCAAAGUAUUCACUCUAGAGAAAGCCUAUAAAUGAGCAGAAGUGCUCUAUGAGGUCUUCCCUGUAGGAAUUACAGCCGAGGAAACUUCAACAUUCCUUCUCACCCUGGGAUGUGGUUGUAGGAAAUGUUGCUUAGGAUUGACUUCAAUGCUAUGUGGGUAGGACACCAUUCCAAGUAUAUCUCUCUCCCCUGUAAUUUAGAGGAAAUCCAGGAUUAAA